UAAUAGUACCAUAAUGCCUUAUGCCAGUGAAGGUGGUCACGACUGACAAUUCACUCAGAUUGUCCGCUUUUUCGUCGCAAAUACCCAUGGCUAAAAUAACCUGGCGACGGUGACAUUCUCUCAAUGCCCAUUGUUGAUGCAAAGUGCCAGUGGGGUCCCACUGCCAGAUGUUAAGAUGGAAGACGACCCAACUUCAAGCUCGACACUGCCACCGGCCUUGGUGAACCCUUUCUGGCCUGCACUCGAGGUUGGUGCUGCAGCAGGUGCUGCUGGUGUUGCUUAUGGAGGGAUCGCCUCCGUCUUGAUCCAGUCGCCCAGGCCGACCAUAUACACUACGCUCUCUGGGUUACAAUGGUUUUGUGGCGGAUCGACCUUUUUCUAUUGUCGUAGCGCACUACUUGCAGGACCGUUGUCCCGAAAUGGUGACCUUGACCGAAUCGCCGCCAGUGGCGUUGCGGGAUCUUGCGCUGGGGUGGUGUCUGCAGCUUUCUUACCCAGAGGGAGCAUAAUCCCGGGAGGUAUCACACUGGGAGUCCUUGCCGCCAUCACGCAAGCAGGACUCAAUAGAAUGGAUGGCUCUUCGCCUGCCUCCAGGUUUUCUUCAGGUUUAAAGCAGAAGUUGGUGGGCUUAAUACCAAUGAAGUCGUUAUCGGACGAAGAAUAUGAAAAUCUCCUCCAGGAUAAGCUACUUAAGCUUGAAGCGGAAAUAUCACUGCUGGAUGACCAAAUCGCCAAUCUUCGAGCUGCAAGCAAACAAGCCAACACAGCCCAAGAAAAGCCAACCGAUGCGAAGAGCUAACCGGCGCAGUGAGCGCUCUUACAGUCUUCUAUCCCAAGCUGCCUGGGAGAAAACAUAGCAUGUCUGGGAACCUCUAGCCACACUCAAGAUGUAGUGUGACAACGGAGCCAUACUUGCGUCAAGAAAACGGAGAGGUACACAUCAAACACCCAUGCCUGCACAAAGAUUUAUGAACCACCCAUCCCAUAUGCGGACUUGGUCCGAGAGGAAGUGAUGGAUAUCGUGUUUCUCUCCGCACCCACGUUCCGGCAAGUGGUGUAGAGACUCAAGACGGACAAAUGUCGGGGAUCAGCGCAACCUUUGUUGCAGUGCAGUGUGGGUGCGGGUGCAGAAACAUUAAACUAACCCAAAUAAAUGUACCAUAAAUUUAAGCAUCGAAGCUUAUCAUCUUUAAUCGCAUUUUAAUUACCCUCACUGGCAGCUGGUUGAAGUCCUUCGAGUUAGCUGAAUAAUUACAACCAAGGUCUUCUGCUAGAAUUUGUUAGUGGCUAGAACUGGAUUUGCGGUUGAAUAAGGACGAACAAGGGC